GCCCGGUGCCCCACUUGGCAAUCCGCUCCCUGCUUCUUCCUCGCGCCCGCCUCCUCUUGUCACCUCCCGUCUCAGUCGCCGCGCUCCAUCCCCGCCGCAUCCACAGCCAGCCGAGCGCUUCAGACAGCGAGAAGUGGCGCGCGGGGCUGCAGGGCGCGCCCUCCAGCGGACCCCGGCUCGCCUUGGGGGGCACCAGCGGCAGCAUGGACACCAAGCGCUGCUUCGCCAACCGCUUCGAUGACUACCAGGGCAGCCUGCUGGUGGGCCAGUGCGAGGAGGCGGUGGCGCCCUUGGUCACCGCCACCAUCGAGCGCAUCCUCCAGGAGCUGCCCCCGCUCGGGGGCGGCUCCGAAGCCCGGGCGGCGGCGGCGACCAGCAGCUGCCAGGGCGGGCUGUACGGCGGCGUGGCCGGGGUGGCCUAUAUGCUGUACCACGUCUCGCAGAGCCCGCUCUUUGCCGGGGCCCGGGAGCGCUACCUGCGCUCGGCCAAGCGCCUCAUAGACGCGUGCGCCCGCGCCGAGGAGUGGGGCGAGCAGGACGCCGACACCCGCGCCGCUUUCCUGCUCGGGGGCGCGGGCGUGUACGCCGUGGCCACGCUCGUGUACCACGCCCUGGGCCGGUCCGACUACGUGCAGCCGCUGGGCAAGUUCCGCGCUCUGUGCGCCGUCUGCGCGCCCGUCUCCUUCCUGGAGUGCGGCUCCGACGAGCUGUUCGUGGGCCGCGCGGGCUACCUGUGCGCCGCGCUGGUGCUCAAGCAGAAGCUCGCCCAGGAGGUGCUGACCCCGGCACAGAUCAAAUCAAUUUGCCAGGCUAUUCUGGAUUCUGGGAAGCAGUAUGCCAUGAAAAAGAGGAAACCAUUCCCCCUGAUGUAUUCUUACUAUGGAACCGAGUACUUGGGAGCAGCUCAUGGUCUGUCAUCCAUUCUCCAAAUGCUUCUUUCUUACCAUGAGCACCUCAAGCCUUCAGAUCAGGAACUGGUGUGGCAGAGUGUGGACUUCCUCAUGGAACAGGAACAGAACUCCAACUGGCCACCUGAGUUGGGCGAGGCGAUCGAGCGAGAGAACGAGCUGGUGCACUGGUGCCACGGUGCCCCAGGGAUAGCCUAUCUGUUUGCCAAAGCUUAUCUGGUUUCCAAGAAACCACAGUACCUGGAUACCUGUAUUCGGUGUGGGGAACUUACAUGGCAGAAGGGCCUGCUGAAGAAGGGGCCAGGAAUUUGCCAUGGGGUAGCUGGCAGUGCUUACGUCUUCUUACUGCUGUACCGGCUUACUGGAAACUCGAAAUACAUCUACCGAGCCCAAAGGUUUGCUGAAUUUUUAUUUACUGAGGAAUUCAAGGCUGGUUCUCGUGUCCUGGAAAGUAUAUACAGCUUGUAUGAAGGCUUCUCCGGGACAGUGUGCUUUCUGAUCGAUCUGCUGCAUCCCAAUCAGGCUGAGUUCCCUCUCUUCAGCGUCUUUGUUUAAAAGGCUUCAUCUCCCUCUGUGACCCUGCAGAAGGUCCCUGAGAUUUCCUGAGCCUACCGGAGGCAGUUUCCACAUAAGCCACAUUCAAUGGUAUCACAGCCAUGAGCCUUAACAUUGCCGCCCAAAGGAAGGAAGGGAGCAGGCAGGUGAAGGCAACAUGAAACCAGACCUGAGGGAGAACAGUGUGAGACCCUGCAAAACAAUGACACCACAACUCUUCUUAAAACCAUAGAGAUUUAAUAGUUUAGGAAGUCCAUGUGAAACCAGAGUGCAGAGGAAAAAGAGAAAGAAAUCAUCUGUUUUUCAGUAUGGCAUAGAAAACAAGACUGAAAUGUGCACAAUGACAAUAAAAUGCCUUGUGGUUGGAGAGAGAACUUGACUGUUUGUGGGUGCCCUCCACCCCUAAAUUCAGAUAUAAGGGUGAUUAAAAAUUAAGUAAUUUCCCAGCUGAAAACUGCUAGGAGAGAUGAAGUGUCAGGUCGCUAAAGGACAAGAAAAGGAAAUUCUUGGUUGUCCUAUGCCUUUACUUAUUGAAAUUCGUGAUUUUUAAUGAAUGGAGACAUUUGCAGGUGAAUCUCUAUUUUUUAUCAUUACCCUGGGCACUUUAAAAAAAUCGUAUCAUAACUUAGUUUAAGCCCUGAAAUUCAAGUUUCCUUAGGCCUUAGAGCAUCUCUUUUUCCUGGUUCCUUUUUCUUUCAUAAAGCUCAAGUAGAUAGUAAAAUUCAUAGGCUAGCAAAUACUGUAGCAAUUUUUGCUGUCAAGCGUUUUGCUCAAUUUGAAAUGUGAGCUGCGUAUUGUCCGUUGUUAGUCAUUUUUAAAAUGCCUAUGUAAUCCCUAUGAUGCUAUUAGCUGAACUGUAAAAUAGACUCAUGGUAAAAAAAAAUCACUCAUCUCAAGGAUCAGGGUAACUGCUACAGAGGUGUGUUGUUGCUGCCUUUGAUUGAAUACUGUGUCCCCUGGGACAGGCAGACAUUGUCUAAAAAGGACCAGGGGUUGUGAAAAGAGCAUUGCUCAAUGUUAUGCUAUUAGAUUUAGACAUGAGUGAGCUCCAUGACUGAUCACCUUACCUUCUAACACACAGCCUCCAUGGAUAUUGUCUACAAGACCCACUGAGUCAAGUUGUAUUAAAUUCAACGCUGUUGUAAACACAUAGAAGUUGUAAAACUACUUCAAGUAAGUAGUGGUUUGCAAAACACUGUAGGAGCAUCUGUCACUUAAACACUCAAACAUGAGCUGAUCCAUUUUCUAGAAUUUGAUCAUUGACUAUUUCAUAUAUCAGGGUGAGGAGGACAUUGUGUAUUGUAUAAGAUUUAAUGCUUAUUUAAAUAGUAUUUAAAAUUUGUAUAUAUGUGAUAGAUGUAGACUAUAUUCUAUCAUACACAGAAUAUAUAUGCAUAUAUUCUACAUCUAUUGCCAUGUAAACCCAAGCACUUAUUUAAUUCAGUAGUCCUUAACUUCUUGAUUCAUAGAUGAACUUUCGGAGGAGUUAGGGGUAAAUAUUUGUGUGUGCAUUUGUAUGUGUGUGUGUGAUUGUGUGUGUGUUUGAUUGUGUGUGAGUGUGCACUUAUUUUUCUAGGAAAAGGAUGUCUAGCAUCGAUAAGGAUCUCAAAAAAGAAUUGUGACUGACUGAAAAAAAAAAAGGUAAAGAAGCACCUUUGUAAUUUUAUGGCACUUUAUGUUUCUACCCAUCAGAACAAACUAAGACAAGAUGGUUUUGAAAAGCAUACACCUUUUUAGCUCAUCCUUAUAUAAAUAUGUAAGUAAAAUUGGCCUCAGUUGUUCAUCUUUGAAAAUACUCAGUUUGGGGCAGUACCACAUGAAGAGUAGCUCUUAGAUCAUUCCAAAAGUUGGGUUGCAGAUGUAUUUUCAUUUACAGUCAAGGAUGUCUCAGUGUCUUAAGGCACAAUGCCUUUACAAAACAGUCUCCUUUGGAAAUGAAAAUGGUACCUGCUUCUCAUUAUCUGCAUUUAAAUUCAUUUUACUUGACCCUUGUGGACGGAAGGUAGUAAGUACCCAGUUUACAGGGUUUUAUGGAACACAUGCUUUUUUCAUGAUCCACCAACCCCAAAGGUGCUUAAAGUAAUUGAUCCAAAGUCUCACAGCUAAGGGGGUGCAGAAUGAGGAUUCAGACCCUGGAUUUCACUUUCCAAGUGUAUAUAUUCAGUGUUCUUGACUAGAAUCUAGGGAUACAGCAGUGGAUGAAAUAUCCCUGGAAGUUGCCUUCUGUUUGUUCCACCUUUCAUCCUUGAAUUCUAAAAAGUAAAGCACUACCAAGUGCUCAACAUAACAUUUUGACCUAGGUACUCCAAAACAGCUGAGAUCAGUAGAGUGACCAUGACAUUGUUGUGUGACCAUUGUGACAACUCUUUUGUUUGUCUAGCUCAAGCAAAGGUCUUUAUCAAUUGACACUGCAGUAAAUUAGAAACCAGGAUCCGUGUGUUUAGCACUUGAACUGCUAAAAGUUUUCAUUUUCCUGAAAGAGUAGAGUUACAGGUUUGGGGAGAUGAUUUUCUAUUCUAUUUUCCUAAGAAGGGUGGGGGGAGACCCUUAAGUGUUGCUGUAGGAAAGUGUGACAUGUCACUUCUUUUUUAAUUAACCAACUUGUUAUUUUCUAUGCAAUAGCAUUCUUUUCUGAAUAAAGCUUAAGUUUGUUGCCUCUUGAAGGCUAGGGGGCAUUUUCACCACCACUAGUAUAACUUUAAUAUCAUUUACUUUAUGUGGCAUGAACUAGUAUAAGCCCUGAAGGUAACAGUGGAAAUAUUUUAAUUUACAUUGAAUGAAUCUCUCAAUAAUGGGGGAAUCACAUUAUACUUUGAAAGUAGGAAGUUUUGGAAAAAUAUUACAACUCUGUGUUUGUUUCAUUAACAUAAUGCAUAACUUCUCUUCCACACAUACUCCAAAAUAUUAUCUAUAUUUAUUUUACCCAAUCCCAUUUCAGUCAUCAGUUUUUACUUCUCUUUCCACUUCUAACCUGAUAACCAAGGGCAAGGGUUUGACUCCAUAUUUCCCUCUGUGAUUCUUCAGGUUAUUGACUACACUAUCAAUAGAGUACUAUUCAUUUUCUGAUAGCUUGAGAAGCAGAGUCAUUUUCUGGUUCUAUGCUACACUGGAAUUUUUCCAUGGCAAUGUAUAGCCUUAAUUUUCUUGGACACACUAAGAUUUUAAUCAAGAUGGUAUUCAAAUUGUUUCAAUUUCUGUAGAGAGCAGACCUCAAUCAUUUCAAUGCAACAAAUGUAAGUUGGUGAUUUAAAUGCAUGUUAAGGAAGCACAUAACUAAAAGGAAAAAACAAUAAUGCAAUGAGCCCUGUGUUGGAAAUCUCAAAGCCUUGUUCUGCCAUUUCCAUGGACUACUAUAAUUCAUCAUCAUCCACCUCACAGGGUUGUCAAUAAUAAACUGGAUAUAUGAGAGUUUUAAAAUACGCAUGCCCUUUAUUUUAUUUAUUUAUUUAUUUAUUUUGUGGGACCCUCCCCGGUGGCCAGGGAUCGCACUGGCGCUGCAGAGGCUGCUGGCAGCCUCGCAACCCAGCGCUCAUCCCAUGCGCCACCAGGGGGAGGCCCCGCAUGCCCUUUAUAUACUUAAAAGGGGAGCUAUAUUUUAAGGACCUACUACAUGCACAGAAAACCUGGUUCACUUAUGACUUCAAAUAAGCAUUUCAGCCAAAUGGAAUCUCUAUCUGUGGAUUCUAGAACCAAUCCUGACUACAGCAUUUGUGCCUCAGAAGGUUCUGAUUUCACUCGGGCUUAGUGCAUAGGACUUGGCUGCUUUUGCUUGGGAGCUCCUCUAAUGCAAAUAUUUAUUUUGCUUGCUGGAAGCAAAGGUUUACAGUGCCAGGAAUGUAACAAAAAGAGCUGGCCGCCCAGGUCUGCUGAGCAAAAAGGAUCUGGGUGACAUAUAGAAAUAUACUCUCAAUUGCAUAUAAGGCCUUUGGGGACCUGGGUUAUUUAUUGAACAUUGUUCCAAAUUAAUAACCUCACAUUCCCCAAGGCCAUGUGAUCCUGGCAUACACUCUGCAAGGAAAGCAAAUGAGAAUGGAAGGAAAGGAGUGGGUGGGGGGAAAGUCUGCUGCAGCCCAGCAUCUCAGCGGGAGCUGGGAAUGCUCAUUGAAUACUGUAAGGACCAGUCCUGUCCUACUCAUGGGUUUUAUUGCUUCCCAGGACUUCUAACCUCAAACCCCUCUGAUUCAGCAACUCCCUGUCUACCUCUCCCCUUUAAAUAAUACAUUCUGAUCUGUUUUUUCCUUUAUCUGCUUAAUCAUGUGACCUUUCUCCUGCGAGGGCAGGUUUUCUCUUUAUCUCUUCCAUCCAUGUCAGUUCGUAGCUAAGAGCUCAGGUUCAAUAAAGCUGGACUCCCCUCUGGACAGAAGGGCAGACCUGAGGGUCAGCAGCAGAAGGAAUUAGGCUCAUCUCAAAGUCAGGUCACAGCUUGCUCUGAGUGUGGCUGUGCAUGAGAAUACACACCCUGCUUUCCCUCCAUAAGGAAAUCUGGUCAUUUGAUUUGUGCUGUUGUGAAAAAAAAAAGGAUGCUACCUUAAAUAUCUGGGCCUCCAGCAUUAUAAAUCUGAAAGUUGGGGUGCCCUGUUUUCCCUUAUUUCUUUAACUGAAAGUGCUAAUGAAUUGAGCCCUGAUGGAAGGUGCCUUUAGGAUUUCAAAAUGUUUGUUUUUAUUUUCUUAAAGUAUUAAACUUUGUCACCCUUUAGACUCCUCCCCAAACUGCCAAGUCCCUUAUCUGCAGAAUGUCCUGCAUCAUCUUUUGCCUUUGUGUCUCUGUUAUUCCCCCUCUGAAUGGAAUUUGAAAUAUUGUUUCACAUGAAAACCAAAUCAUCCCUCUUAUUUUUUUUUUUUUGUUCUUUGGUGAGGGGUGUUGUUGGUAAAUAUAAAUAGUAUGGUUAAAAGAGCAAAGUAUCCUUUCUCCGCACAAUAUCAAGAGAGAAAAUAACACCUACCUGGGGCUUGACUAUCAAGAUCUGUGACAAUAGUUUGUAAGGACGUCCUGUUUGUGUCCUGUGUCCUCUUUCUUUUCUCCUAGUACCUAUAGGAAACCGUUUAGUGUGUGUGAGAGAGAAAGAGACAAAGACAGAGAGACAGAAACAGAGAGAUUGACAGACCUAGGGGGAGUCAUUGUCACAUAGCAAAUAAAACCAAACACUUAGCUAUUAGAAAUAUCUGAAUGAACAGAUAUAUGAAAGCAUAAAUUAAUAAAUGAAUGGGUCUUCAUUGUGUGAUAACUGCUCUCUAAGAAAUUAACCCAUAAUUAAUGAGGGCUCUACUUCUACUUCCAGUUGUCUAUCUGAAGCAUUCAUUUUUAUUAAAUCUUCUGCCAGGUUAAAGCCAUUAGAAGCCAUCUGUAGAAGAAAAUAGAUGUGAGUUUCACAAAUAGAGCCACCAAUGUGAGCCACAUAUGUAAUUUUAAAAAGUUUCUAGUAGUCACAUUAAAUAACUAAAACCAAAAACGGUGAAAAGUAAUUUUAAUGAUGUAUUAGAUUUAACCCAUCUACCCAAACUGUCUUUUCAAUAUGUAGUCAAUAUAAAAUUGAGAUAUUUUACAUUGUUUUACACUGAGUCUUCAAAAUCUAGUGUACAUUUUAUACUUAUUGCACAUUUUAAGUCAGACUAGCCCCCCCCUUUCAAGCGCUCAAGAACUGGAUAUGAGUUGGCUGCUGUACUAGACAGCCAGGGCUAGCAUCCACUGCUGUUUUUACAGUAUUGAUAAGGUCUUCUUACAGCUUAUGUAUUUCUGUGUUGUUACAGAAGAAAAUAGAAACAGAACACUGCAUGCAAUAUGAAUGCUGCGGUGUUUCCCCCCAACACAGAGCCCUAGUACCAGGGGUUGCCCUGUAUGGAAAGUACAUUCUGUGAUAAAAUAGGUUAGGGAAAUUCCAGUUUUUAUUCCCUCUUGGAGAUUUACAUGGUGCAGGAACAAGCCACAGACUCACAAACCUCUCCUGGGUAAAGUCACCUGUUAGAGGUUGUUGAGUUCUGUCUCUUUAAGGUUCAAUCUUCUGGUUAUCACUGUUGCCUAGCUACCACUGUAAAAACACAGUCAGGCAUGGUACAUUUACUGUAUGCUUAUAUUUGUUUUCUCUAUAGAGGAGUUUUAACAACCCCUUCUCCAACCUCCCCUCCCAGAAUAUCCCUCCCAGUCCCAUUAAAGAUACCAGUACAAUGAUCAUGUCCCAGAAUAUCCAUCCUUACUAAAUUAUCUUGCCCUCACAAAGACCUGAAGUUAUUCUUUACUACACUUUGGGACAAGAAUUCUGGAAAUUGCCACAAGUGUCUCUGCAUAAGAUAAACUUUGUUUCCUCCUCCACUAUUUUCGGAGCCUAUCUCUAAAUAUUCCUGAUACUCAGAAUCACCUGAGAGCCAAGAUCUAUCUUCCUGUUCUAGAACCACCUACUAAACUGAAACCAGCAGAUGGCUUUAAUGUCUUGAGUAUGAACAUAGACCUUCAGAAAGUACCCAAGAACACACCUUCCUCUCAUUUUUUUCAGAAAUUAUGAGUACUUGCAAAAGAUGAGAGGAGAAACAUCUGAAUUUGUAUAUGUGUAAACGCAGAAUACAUAGUUUGUUAACUAGAAUAAUAUCAUUUCUGCAGAUGCUUACUUUUGAUCUUGUGUGUGUGGCAUUAUUUACAUGUUUUAAUGCUCACUGUUCUUGUAAAUGUAUAAAGUAGCUGUGACUAUAUUUGACAGUUGUCAAUCUUUAGCAAAUGACCUUUUGUCUUUGUUUUAAUGGCACCUCUGAUACUGCCCCCCCACCAAGGCUUGUUUUAUGAUCUGUGCUUAAGUGGCAGUUACCAAUAAAAUACCUUCUGUCGCUGAAUUUAGUCCAAGUUGACUGCAGUAAUCCUCAUAUAUGGAUGUAUUCAAAUAAGGUUGAUUUAAAUGAUCAGUUUUGUCUUUGUUUUGUAGGACUUUAGUAUUUCAGCAUUAGAGAUGUCUUUGAGGACUGUAGCAGCUGUAGAAUUUCCUUUGCCCUUGAAAAUGCAAAGGAUACCAUUAGUUUUACCUAGACUCUCCAGGAGUAGGAAUGGAGCAUUCUAAGUGGAAAAGUUUGCCUUUACAAUCUCUCUGGUAAAGAAGGGCUGCCCAUUCUCUACAAAGGUAACAGCUUCCCCAACUUUUAACAUCUGGGGGAGAUCUACUUGGAAAGGAGGUCUGAAUUUUAAUCUCAUGAUUUAAUGGCGCUAAUUUUUUUUAAUGGAUUUUGUAGAAUCCUGUUAUUAGAGGAAACUUUGCAAAGCCAUAUACUGGGGAAUUGUCAAGCACCACAUGUUAGUUUCAGAUUGUGCAUUUCCCAAGUGAAUAGAACUUACUUCACCAAAAAGAUUUUUUGCACAAUUGACAAUACUUACAGAAUUAUGAUUGUAUCAUUGGAGAAAAAGCUCCCCUUCUUACUGGUACAUUUCACAAGCAGUAAACUAGUGUGAUUCCUUAAUUAUUUUGGGAAAUAUAAAAAUAAUCUGUCAAUAGAAUAUAACUGCUCAUUCCUAAUUAGAUCU